AACAGUCUUGGUGGUGGAGGAAGAAGGGAAAAAAAGGAACAUAGAGAUAGAGAAAAAAGAACACUGAGAGAUGUGCACCGGCUGGGAAUGGCGUGUUGGCAUGAUGGGGAGGAGGACGGAGAAAGAACAUUGAGAGGUAGGCAGUGUUUGAGAGUGAUGAGUUGGCAGUACAGGGAUGAUGGUUGAGGUGGACGGGGAGAAAAAAGAACAUUGAGAGGUAGGCAGUGUUUGAGAGUGAUGCGUUGGCAGUACAGGGAUGAUGGUUGAGGUGGACGGGGAGAAAAAAGAACAUUGAGAGGUGGGCAACAGCUGGGGGUGAGGUGCUGGGGGGUAUAUCGACUUGGUGGUGGUGCUGAAGGACGAAAAUGGAGUGAAAAGAGAACAGACGUUUGAGAGAAAGCAAAUCAAAAUAGGAGGCGGAGAAAAAGCAUGAAUCAUCGGCGUGUUGUUAAAGAAAAGGUAGAAACAGACACAAAAAAACAUCUCAGUGAAUGAAUGGGCUUGUUUUCUCUCCCCGCCACGCCUUGUCCGCCUCGCCUCCACGCAACGCUUAAAACACUACCACCGCGGGACAGGUGCAUUGUUGAUUACUGCAGAAAGGAAGGCAACUCAGGGCUUGUUGUGACGCGCGUGCCAGUAACAAGCCGGAAAAAAACACGGUGAUGGCAGUGUAGCGUAACCUGGCGGGGAGGAAGGCACGUUGUUCCGCCAAGCACAAAGAGUUGCCUGCACGAGGUGUUGUUUUCGUCUUGCCCUGAGCGUGGGUGGCGACGUCAAGGAGAAGGAGCGCCUGGCCCCCCCGGUGCUGGUGGGCGGGCGGGAGAUCUACGAGCCCACGGAGCGCAUUAAGAUCGGGUGUCAGCUGCGGCAGCCCUUCACGGGGGAGCACAGGCCCAUGCUGCAGUGGUUCCUCGAGGGCUCCCAGGUCGGCUCUGAGUGGGUGUCGCCUUACGGGAGUUCGCAGGAGCAGGGGUACUACGGUCUGUCCCUCCACGUGCCCGGCGAGCAGGUGGCCUCGGCUGGGGGUAGUCUGGACGCUGAAUGCCGCCUCACCCUGGGGGAGCACCGCCUCAGCGCCUUCAAGACCCUACGCGUUAGGGUCCGCAUGAUAUCCUACGUCGACAAUUACCACUCCAAAGGCUCGAAAGUGACCGGCGCUACCCUCAUCUACUGCCUAGUGGCCGGCGCUGCCCUCCUGAUGGCGGUGUAGUGUAUGCGGAUCAUCUGCAUGUCUGGCGGUACUGUCCCGGCGCCGCGUACAGACGGUCCCUUCACCACCGCGCCGGGGCCAGCAGCAGAGUCGAUUCAACUCGACGGCUGGCUGGUCCCGACCACCUCAUGCCUUCCUGUUGCUGGUGCAGUGUCUUCGGAACUCCGGUAGUGACUGGCAGUGUCUGACAACCUUCCUUACCGAGGGCGACGUCCAGCGCGGCGGAGUCGAACCCUUCUGUCUGGUGCAUAGUGGCGGCGCCGCCUCUCCGCCUGGUGCAUCGUGUGGCCGCGCGCACAGCCGAGCGGCGGCGGCGCGGCGGUCUUCUCUGCGUGGUGGAGAGUGUGCAGUGCAGUUAGUCUUUGUCGUGUUACAUGUGUAGAGUUGGGGCCAAGUAUAGUAAACCAGACUCUUAUUAUUUAUUACCUUAUGAGAAAACAUUUAAAAAGCCACAAAAAAUAUCUACAAAUAGCACCGGUUAACACAGUUGUUUAGGAAUACUUAGAUUUUUGCUGUGAAUUUAUAAGAUAUAUGCUACAUGCCUUAUAUGUUUACUAUAAGUGUUAAAGAACAGAGAUAUUCUACCAUGUUCAUUAUUAUUUUCUUAUUUCUCUAUAGGACAUACAACUGCGUACAAAUACACGUAAUAUAUCAUCGCCCGCGUGGGUGUUUGGGCCGAGGCGGAGGCGUUGCGACCACUGGGCUGGCGCGGCGGCAGCGGCGGCGAACCUUGCCGACCGUCGCCGCCACGACCAGCCUGACCCGGGGCGGCGGCGCGGGGGAGGGCGGGGGCAGAGGGAGGCUGAUUAAACUCUGGUAGGAGUAAUCGGAGGGCGGAGACGUGGCAGGGGUGGAAUUAGAAGAGAAGCACUUGAAGCUUCCGCGCGGAGAGGAAUGCACACAGCCAGUGUGUGUGAGGGUGUGGGGCAGCCGGCUGGACGAUAGAGGUGGGGGCCCGAGGGACAGAGGGCCGCCCAUUGCCACCGGCGCCCACCUCUCACAUUGAUGGAUAGCUCCGCGCGGGCGUCGCGGUCUCCGCCUAAGGUGCAAGUCAGCGCCGCCGCCGAAACUCCGCCUCGUUUGUGGCCGUGAUCCUCUCUUCCACCUGCCGAGCGUGACGAGUGGCAGCGGCAUGACUGGAAGAUUAAGGCAACAACUGGAAGAUUAUCAUGCGCUGAGAUUUCUCGCCACGGUACAGACCAGACCCAUUGCCAUCCCGGCGCCGCUGACUGCUCGGCGGGCAGGUGGAGGGAGGAGAGCCGAGUGGACUGGGCCUGAAAAUGAUGCCUUGCCGGGCCGUGUUGGGCCUUGUUUGGGGAGGUAAGACGAGGAUGAGACUCGUUCUCGGCAACGCGCCUCCCCAGCCAACAUUUUGCCUCCAUUGUAGUUUCGGAAAGAAUUAUGAGGCUGCCUCUCGACCCAUUACAAGAUGACCCGCCCGUGUCUGGCGGUGUGUAAUCAAGCGCCCGGGACGAGGACGAGGACGAGGACCGCCGGGCUAUUCACGACUUCGUUUUCAAGCAGCUCGGAAAUAUGAUGAUUGUAGAAAGAGAAAAGUAUAAAUGUGUGUGUGUGUGUGUGUGUGUGUGUGUGUGUGUGUGUGUGUGUGUGUGUGUGUGUGUCCCAUUUAGAUAGCGACUUCAGAGAGAGAGAGAGAGAGAGAGAGAGAGAGAGAGAGAGAGAAUCACGUCUUAUAAACUGGUCAUAGAAUGCGUAUUACUAUUCUUAUUUUCGUUAUUCUUUGUUCAGCUUAUUUCUCUGAUUUGCACUCACUUCAUUACCUUUCUUCCCCCCCUGUCUCCUGGCGAGGCGUCGGGGGAGCCGGAGAGGCGAGGACAAGCAGCGAAAACACACUGACGGCCUCGUGGGGUCUGGCGGGGAGAGAAAAGAUGACUGACCCGAGCAUCCUCCCCUCCGUCAUCUCUUCCUCUCCCUCUCCCUCUCCCUUUUCCUCUUCACUAUGCACAACCAUCGCCAUUUCUUCAUUAUCAUCACCAUAUUCAUCAUUAUCAAUAUUCUCCUCUUCAUCAUUAUCAGCUCCUCUCGAUCAUCCUUCCUUCAUCUCCUCUUCCUCAGCAUCCUCUUCAUCACCACUUCAUCAUCAUCACCAUAUUCAUCCCUAUCAAUAUUCCCAUCAUCAUCAUCGUUAUCAGCUCCUCCCGAACAUCCUUUCCCUAUCAUCUCUUCUUUCUCUCCCUCUACGCCGUCACCAAUACUACUUCUUCAUCGUUACAAUAUUCGUUCUACCCCUCUACAUCAUUACCAACACCUCCUCCUCCUCCCCAUCCUUCAGACCCUCACGCCGCCUCCACAUUGACACUCGCGCUGCCUCCCCCUUCCCCUUCCUCCCCGACUACACACGCUGUUUCCUCAUGUUUUUUUAUGUUUUUUUUAUUCUCUUCCUCUUCCCCUCACAAAUAAUUUAUCACAGUUUUUUUCUCAUUAAUGUUUUCUUCCUUCUUAUAUAAUUUUUCUUUUCUUUUUUCCUCCUCCUCUUUAUCCCUUUCCUCCUCCUCCUCCUCCUCCGCUUACGUUUCCUCAUCAUCCACAUCCUUAUCAUAGUCUUCCUGUCACUUCCUCCUUUUCUUCCUUUUCUUCCUUUCGUUCCUCUUCGAUCUCCUUUCCUCCUCCUCCUCCUCCUCUCCGUCCUCGUAUAUAAACACCUUUUAACAUCAUUUCUCGCAACCAACCCUGUACACACACACACACACACACACACACACACACACACACACACACACACACUCACGCUUGCCUUCUAAAUACACGUUUAUAUGUUUGUUUGUUUUUGUUGUUUCUAGAAUCUGAACACUUCUAUUCUUUUGUUUGCUGGUUUAUUUUUAUAUAUUCAUGCUGAGAGAGAGAGAGAGAGAGAGAGAGAGAGAGAGAGAGAGAGAGAGAGAGAGAGAGAGAGAGAGAGAGAGAGAGAGAGAGAGAGAGAGAGAGAGAGAGAGAGAGAGAGAGAGAGAGAGAGAGAGAGAGUUAUUCCUCCUCCAUGCAGAGCCGCUGGAGGAGGCGAGAGGCGUUGUUAUGUGAUGGAAAUAUUAUUCUGGCGUUUGAAGUGCAAAGGACGUGCGUGUGUGUGUGUGUGUAUGUGUGUGUGUGUGUGUGUGUGUGUGUGUGUGUGUGUGUGUGUGUGUGUGUGUAUUGCUUUGAAAAUCGAGCGUCACGAAUCUUUUUUUUUUUAGGUGAAUCUAAAUGUUUAUCGAUAUCCAAGUUUUUUUUUUCUCUCUCCCAGGUUCUUAGCGAUAGAAAGUGCCUCUCUUUGCAUACACUUCUGCGCCACACGUCCCCGCCGCCGCGGAUGAACUUAAGGAUAGAAAACCUGAGUCUUUAAAGGGGGACUCGUGACGUCACACUUACGUCAUACUUAAGUGGUGACGUGACGAUAAUAUUGAUAACGAUAGUAUUUUGUCUCUGAACCAAACAAACCCUCCACACCCAUGUACACACGAUGGAGGGUCUGCUAUCAUGUAAAGGAAGAUGUAUUACUCCUAAGGGAAGAAGAUAAAAUAUAUACAUAUAUAAAUAGAUAACUUGUAAGAUAAGGUUACAAAAAAUCACUAUUCUUUUUCCGUAGGCCGUUUUUUCAGUGUUUCAUGUUAAGCCAAUACUUAAUUAAGAGGAAUAAUGAUAAUAAUAAUACGUAUUUUCAUUAUAUUUGUCGGAUGUCACAAAGUGUUUUUUGAAUCAUUGCUGUAGGUCUGUGUUAUGAAUAAGGUAAUCAUUUUUUUUUCUCUCUCUUUUGUAAUAUUUUUCACCGUUCACACAGAUCUUUGUAAGUGUGGAGUCCCUACUUGAUAACGGUAAUGGUGGUAUGGUGUGUGUUAAACAAGUAAGUAAAAAGUAGAGAUUAUAUGAAAGCAUUGCUAAAACUGGUACGUAGCGAUCGGGGGUUGUUCCUUAGUGCUAUUAAAAAAACACUGUAUCACUGCCUGUCCACUUUCCGUUUUCUCAUCAACUUUGAGGUAAAUUAGAAUGAUUGAGUGACGUUUGCCGAGUAGAAACAUCGUAACCAGGUGGGGGUAUAAUUUUGUCUUGCCAUUCUCUUGUAACAAAUGUAGACCUUGAUUUUUUUUAGGUUUAUUUUUUUAUUAAGGAAAAGAAGUAAGGGUAAAAAACAUCUUCAUUGGUAAUCUGUUUGUUGGGAGUUAGUAUUUUAGUUUCCAUUGUCUUGUAGUAACUGUAGAUCUUCAUUAGCCUAUUAUCUUUAUUAAGGGAAAGAUUGAAAUAAAAGUUUAAAAGUAUUCAUUGGUAGUCCGUUUGUUGGGAGUUAGUAUUUCAUUUUCCAUUGUCUUGUAGUAAUUGUAGAUCUUAAUUAUUAUGUUGUUCCUUCAUGGUGAAGAGUUGAGGUAAAGUAAAUGUAAAAAAUAAUAACACCUCCAGUAGUCUGUUUGUUUGUCGAGGGAAAACUUUUUAACUGCUGGGGUGGUUCAAGUAUCUAGUGUAGCAACGGAUUUUGUUUCUCUUUCCUGUCUUAUUUUAGCGAACAAUUAAAGAAAAAACAAACUCAAAAUUACCGGUAGGCUGUUGUUUGCUGGAAGAAAUUUGCUGUUCAUUUGUAACUGAGGCAUUUGGUUUAAUAUUUUUUUGCACGACGUAUUUUGUUUAUCUUUCUUGGUUUUUUUUUGUUUUUUUUUU